UUCACAUCCCGUUUCGAUGAAUUUAACCCAAAACUUCAUAUUCAAGCAGAAAAGCUUGCGGUUCCUGAUUUAGAACUGAUGAUUAAGGACCUUAAAAUUGAUGUAGAUGCAAUAGAACGAACUGUAUUAUUCCUUGCUAAUGUUGGAGUUGGAGCAUCAGCGAGGGAUAUUACUGCAAAUCCAUAUGUUGCAUUUAAAUAUUGUUUUUUUGAACCCAUCGCAAAGUUAUUGGGAUGUUACUAUCCAACUUUUGAGUAUCAACAAACUCAUGGAAUAGAACUAUUUCCUACAGUUCAACCACCUACCUUUAGUUUCACAACUGAUAACCAUAUUGUGCCUGUGAUUAUGAGAUAUGCAGGCUUACAUAAGAACUUCAAUAAAGCUAAAAGACAUAAAAAUGUAUUUUCAGUGUCUGCAGAUGUUAGACGACUUGUCAACGAGCUUUUAUAUCUGAUGAUAUACAGCCGGUCAUUAAUGGGAUUUGCGCUUGAUGUUGAUUCCGUAUUAGUAAUAAGAAUAUUAUCAUCCACAGUAGUCGAUACGGUAGUGAACCCUAAAGAUGGAAUCAUUAGCAAGGAAUUAGAUUAUGAAAUAUUUUUAUUGGAUCACAGCCUCCAUUAUCCAAUGAUUGGCCUUAUCUUGAGUGCUUUCCUCAAUAAUUAUUUCAAGGGUGCUGCUUCCAACUCUGUUCAAAUCACCAGAGAGAUUCGAAGAAAAUUAAGAAGUGAGUCUGAAGAACUUGAAGCUUCCAUACAGAGUAAAAUAGAAUUUGUUAAAAGACAAUACCUGGAACGGUUUGACUACGUUGAUUCAGCAAUAGGAGGGUUUACUAGUAGAGCGUUCCCAAGCUUGUUCAUAAAAGUAGAGUAUUAUGACAAGGUAUGGGCUCUUCAAUUAGUAGAGACAUUCACUUCAUCAGAUUUUGAAAUAACGGAGGUUCUGCAUUUAACCGACAGUGAGGAUAUCGUACAUGAAUUCAAAGGUGAACUAGAUGGUAGAAGUGGUACUUUAUUUGUGUACAAAGUAUCGUAUACCAACGAUGAAAAUGAAGACUUUUACAAGUUGGUAUCAAUAUCUCUUAAUCGAUUCUUAAAGCAUUUUUUGGAAUGUAUUUCCAAAUUUGCUAAGUAUAAGAAAGACUGGUAUAAAAUUAAGUACUUUGAUACUGUCAAUGAUAAUUUCCGAUGUGCUUAUUAUGAACGGGAGGAUAUUAGUGGAUUUUCAUUACUAUUAUUUGACGAUGCGGAAGAGCUUGACGAAGCUGAUAAAAUUGAGGAAUAUAAAGGUGACCCACCAGUUUCUUUUGGCAAUCAAAUCAAAAAGAAGCGUCAAAGGUUGAAGUGA